CUAUAUCACUGUGGCGUGCCUUUAUAUAUUGUCUCCGCCGUGAUCCUUUCUUUUCAUAUUAUUCAGUGUGGUGCCAAAAUGACAGACAACAAUCCAAAACCACCACCUGAUACACCCGACAGUGAUGAUUUCUGCAACCAGUGGCCUUUUGAGCUCUCUGAGUACUUGCAAUUCGAUGAUAACCAGUGGAUGCAGGAUGAUAUCCCGUCUUUUUCUUCUGAGAAUGUCUCAAACCAGGUUCAUCAAGCCAGUAAUGGAAGCUACUUUGAAGGGUCUUCUAGCAGAGAUACUGGUGAACGUGAGAAUCGGCAAGUUGUUAGAGAGAGAUUUGCAUUCAAAACAAUUUCUGAGAUUGAAGUGCUAGAUGAUGGAUACAGAUGGAGGAAGUACGGAAAGAAAAUGGUGAAGAACAAUCCCAAUCCAAGGAAUUACUAUAGAUGUUCAGUGGAUGGGUGCGCUGUGAAGAAGAGAGUGGAGAGAGAUAAAGAUGACCCUAGGUGUGUAAUAACAACCUACGAAGGCAACCACACUCAUCCAAGUUCUUCCUAGGUUGAAUAUGAAGAAGUUUUGGCACUGUAAUAAGCUUUUUUUGCCACAGCUACAACUAGUACUUUCGUAUUAACGCUGCAAGUACUCUUGCCAAGUUUUAUCAUGUUCAUUCAUGUUUGAU